AUGAUCUAUACAGUUUUACUCAUUAUUUUAGUGUCUAUUUUGGGCACAAAUGGGUCUAAGCCAGUACUAAAAAUGCCACCUCAAAUGGCUGAAAAAUUUAUGGCAGCAGCGACACAUUGUAUAAAAGAAACGGGAGCACCAGAAGAAUGUUUGAAGCAGACUCUACCAUGGAAAAUGCCUCAGAAUGAAUUGACAGAAAAGUUUCUAUACUGUCUAGGACAAACUACAAAAUUGGCCAAAAGUGAUGGACACUACAUACCUGAGAAAGUGAUGAGACUUGUCGCAGAAAGCGAUAUGAAAGAUGAUAUCGAAAAAACGAUCAUGGAGUGUAACGCAUUAGAGGGGGAAAACGUACUUGACGUCAAUUUUAAAAUUACCGAUUGUUUCCACGAAAAAGCUCCAAUUAUAUUAAGUCUUUAA